CCAUUAUCGCAUCCCCCUCUCUCUCCUCCGCCCAAACCCGCUCCUCUCUCUCUCUCUCUCUCUCUACCCCCGGGAUUAUUAUUCCAAAAUUCACAAGUUUAAAAAGAUUUGAUUUUUCGGGGGUGUAAACAUUCAUUUCUUGACAAAAAGAUUUGAUUUUUCCUAGGCAAAAUCUAUUCCUAGGAUUUGUGCGUCGGUAUUGAUGUCUAACGGGGGAUCAUCGUCCUCCUCGUACUGGUGCUACAGAUGCAGCCGAUUCGUUAGGGUUCGCGCCAACCAAGACUCCAUCUCUUGUCCCGAUUGCGACGGAGGAUUCAUCGAGCAGAUCCCCGACGACCACCACGUCCCGACCCGAUCCACCCUGUCCGACUCCCGACGGCGCCGUUUCCCCGCCGCCGCCAUGUACAUGAUCGGCAACGGUCGGAACUCCAACCUCGGCUCGAGCCCCGCGCUCCGCAGGAGCAGGAGGAACGGUGGGGACCGGUCCCCGUUCAACCCCGUCAUCGUCCUACGUGGCCCCUCCGACGACGGUAAUAAUAACAAUAACAACAAUAAUAAUGGGUUGGAGUUGUAUUACGACGAUGGGGUCGGCUCGGAGCUGAGGCCGUUGCCUGCGAGCAUGUCGGAGUUUCUACUAGGGUCGGGUUUCGAGAGGCUUCUGGAUCAGUUAUCCCAAAUCGAAGUCAACGGAAUAGGGCGCGUCGAUCACUCCCCGGCUUCCAAGGCCGCCAUCGAGUCGAUGCCCACGAUCCAUAUCGACUCGGCCCACGUCGUUACGGAAUCUCACUGCGCCGUCUGUAAAGAGGCGUUCGAGUUGGGCACAGAAGUCAAGGAAAUGCCGUGCAAGCACAUAUACCACUCCGAUUGCAUACUCCCCUGGCUUUUGAUGCGGAAUUCCUGCCCCGUUUGCCGCCACGAAUUGCCUUCUGAAGGUAGUGCUGAUAGGAACACGGUCGAGCCGAAUAGAGGGCAAAUUGAAAAUGAUGAUGAGGCUAUUGGGUUAACGAUAUGGAGGCUUCCGGGGGGAGGGUUUGCAGUGGGGAGGUUUUCGGGAGGGAGGAGAGGUGGGGGAGGAGGCGGGGGCGGAGGGGAGAGGGAGCAUACGGUUGUGUACACAGAGAUGGACGGGGGUUUCAACAACGGGGGCGCUCCGAGGAGGGUUUCGUGGGCGUCCAGAGGGAAUGCGUCAAGAGAGGGUGGUGGUGGUGGUGGUUUGAGACGGGUUUUUCGGAACUUGUUUGGUUGUUUCGGGGGAAUCGGUUCCUCCUCGGCCUCUACUUCUAGUUCGGGAUCUCAGUUGAGUCACAGAAGUGGUUCUUCUCCGUCCUCGGUUUUCAGCACGUCGUUUCGGAGGCGCAGGGAUCUGGCUUUCGACACUAGUAAUGGUAUGCGGAGAUGGUGAUUUUAUGGGCUGGAGAAACCUUAUGAGAAUUCUGUUAAUUGAGAGGAAAUGCUAUGUUGAAGACAUACUUGCCUAGUUGAUGUUAAUUGCAAGAAAUGAGAAAACAAAUGAGAUUUGUAAAGUCGCCUAAGUGCAUUAUGCCUAUGAUAAUUGCAGAUGGAAGACUCCAGUGACUUGGUAAUUGAAAACAUGAUGGAGCAAAGGAGAUUCUUUUCUAAAGGAAGGAACUUUCGGUUGAUUAUUGGAUUGCAGUUAAGAAGGUACAUGGACUCGUGUAUCGCUGUGACAUUGGACUUGAGAGUAGGUGCAGUAUGUUUUUAUUUGUAUUUUCUCUUGUUUCCCAUAAUGCUUUUUCAAUUUCCAAUUUUUAGGUAGCUCUAAUUUCAUGCCUUUAUGUUGAGUUAUUUUCUUUUAUGAAAUUUAAAGUUUUUGUGAA